AUGGGAACUUUAGUUCAAUCUGUUGCUGUUUUACUGUGCACCGUAUCUGUAUCUGUUAUUUGUUCAUAUGGAGUUAUUGGAGUGAAUGGUUAUAUCAAAUACAACACUGGUAGUGGAAUUGUUAAGGGAAAAUUGAAUGUUCAUUUGGUUCCCCAUUCGCACGGUGAUCUGGGCUGGCUCAAGACAAUUGAUCAGUACUAUGUCGGAUCAAAUAACAGUAUUCAGGGUGCAUGUGUGGAAAACGUUUUGGACUCGGUUGUCAUGUCAUUGCACCGUGAUCGUAACAGGAAGUUUAUAUUUGCUGAAAUGGCAUUUUUCAAUAGAUGGUGGGAAGAGCACAGCCCAGAAAUUCAAGAUGAAGUAAAAAAACUUGUUGAUGCUGGCCAGUUGGAAUUCGUAAAUGGUGGCUGGUGUAUGCAUGAUGAAGCGACUACUCAUUAUAUAGACAUGAUUGACCAAACGACCCUUGGCCAUCGACUGAUAAAGAGUCAGUUUAAUAAGACUCCUCGUGCUGGAUGGCAGAUUGAUCCAUUUGGGCACUCUGCAGUUCAAGCUUACCUACUUGGGGCCGAGCUGGGAUUUGAUUCCAUUCAUUUUGCACGGAUUGAUUAUCAAGACAGAGCAAAACGUAAGGCAGAUAAAUCUCUUGAAGUUAUAUGGCAGGCUUCCAGGACAUUUGGCUCCUCUUCUCAGAUAUUUGCCAAUGCAUUUCCUGUUCAUUAUAGUCCACCAAAUCGGUUCCAUUUUGAAGUAGAUGAUGACUUCAUUCCAGUCCAGGAUAAUCCCCUUCUUUUUGACUUCAAUGUCAACACACGAGUUCAUGAUUUUAUCAAUGCUGCAACGAUUCAAGCAAACGUGACUCGAACCAAUCAUAUUAUGUGGACGAUGGGUGAUGACUUCCAAUAUCAGUAUGCUGAGUCUUGGUUCAAGCAAAUGGACAAACUAAUUCAUUACGUUAACAAGGAUGGCCAAGUGAAUGCUUUAUAUUCUACUCCAUCUAUCUAUACCGAUGCAAAACGUGCUGCCAGUAAAUCUUGGCCUCUGAAAACUGAUGAUUAUUUUCCAUAUGCAGACAGUGCUAAUGCAUACUGGACUGGUUAUUUUACAAGUCGACCAGCCUUGAAGCGAUACAUUCGUUUUCUGAGUGGAUAUUAUCAGGCAACUCGGCAACUGGAGUUUCUGAUUGGAAGGAGAUCAGCUGGACCUAAUACUUACAAGUUAGGUGAUGCUUUAGGAAUUGCACAGCACCAUGAUGCUGUCACUGGUACCGCUAAACAGCAUACUACGAACGAUUAUGCAAAACGCCUCUCAAUUGGAGCAUCUGAGGCGGAAGUGACUGCUAAUUCAGCUUUGUCACGUCUGAUUGAUUCAAAAUUGAAUGGCCGGUGUGCUAAACCCACAAUGACCUUUAGCCAGUGUCAGUUACUCAAUAUAAGUUUCUGUCCAUCUACAGAAGAUAAUAUUCCACAAGGAAAAAGUUUGCUUGUGGUGGCAUACAACCCACUUGGAUGGGAACGUACUGACAUUGUCAGGAUCCCUGUUAAUGAUCAUAACCUUGUUGUUAAAGAUUCUGCGGGAAAAAUUAUUGAGUCACAAUAUGUGGAGUUGGACAAUGUUACAAGGAACCUGAGAAGCUUCUAUGUCAAGGCAUAUAUUGGAAUUUCACCAAAAAAAGCUCCACAAUUCUGGCUUUUCUUUCAAGCAUCCGUGCCACCUUUGGGUUGGAAUACUUUCUUCAUUUCUAAAGCAUCUCGGAGAGGAAAUAGUAGAACUAUGUAUGUAUCAACAAUGGAUAGUCCAAAAGAAGAGACAAUUGAAAUUGGGCCGGGAAACUUGAAGUUGUCCUUUUCUUCUGCUUCUGGGCAACUUAAACGCAUGUUCAAUUCUAAAUCUGGGAUUGAUAUACCAGUACAACAAAGCUAUCUUUGGUAUGCUUCAAGCCGGGGAGAUGCUGAUUUCCAGAGUUCCGGUGCUUAUAUUUUUCGACCUAAUGGAUCGCCACCUCAAGUUGUCUCAAGAUCAGUUCCCUUGAAGGUCAUAAGAGGACCACUUGUUCAUGAGGUUCACCAGCAAUUCAGUUCAUGGGUUUACCAGAUUAUUAGAGUUUACCGAGAUAAAGGUCACGCUGAAGUUGAGUUCACUAUUGGUCCAAUUCCUACGGAUGAUAGUAUUGGGAAAGAAGUUAUUACAAGAAUGAGAGCUAAUAUGGUCACAAAUACAGUGUUCUACACUGAUUCCAAUGCGAGGGACUUCCUCAAACGGGUUCGGGAUUAUAGACCUGGGUGGCCCCUCGAAGUUACACAACGUGUAGCAGGAAACUACUAUCCAAUCAAUCUUGGAAUUUUCAUAGAGGAUAAGAAAUCUGAGUUCUCUAUUCUGGUCGAUCGAGCAACUGGAGGAGGCAGCAUUAAUGAUGGAGAAAUUGAAUUGAUGCUUCAUAGGCGCAUUCUAAAUGAUGAUUCUAGAGGAGUAGGUGAAGCACUCGAUGAAUCAGUAUGUGCAGAUAAUACAUGUGAAGGAUUAACGAUUCGGGGAAAUUAUUAUAUGAGCAUCAAUAAGCUUGGUACUGGAUCCCGUUGGCGCCGGACAACUGGUCAAGAAAUUUAUUCACCCCUGGUUUUAGCCUUUUCGCAUGGGAACACUGAAAAGUGGAAAUCUUCUCAUUUGUCUAAGGCCACAUCGAUGGCUGCAAAUUAUAGUUUACCUAUCAAUGUUGUAUUAAUUACAUUGCAGGAGUUAGAUGAUGGACAUGUGCUCCUCCGUUUGGGACAUAUAUACGAGGCUGGUGAAGAUACUGAUCACUCAUCGCUUGCAAAAGUUGAACUGAAGAAGUUGUUUGCUAAAAAAAGGAUAAAGAUGCUCAAGGAAACAAGCUUAUCAACAAACCAAGACAAGUCUUGGAAGAAGAGGACGACUUGGAAAGUCGAAGGUGAAACCAGCAGUGAGCCAAAUCCAAUUAGAGGUGAUCCCAUAGACAUGUCAAGUCUCAUCGUUGAGCUUGGUCCAAUGGAGAUCCGGACUUUCCUCUUGAAAUUUUAA